AAGAUAUUUUUGGGGCAAAUCCAAUUUCAGGGAGAAUUGAGGGUCUUCUGCUGUCCUCUUCUCAGAGCUCUCUUCUCAAAAAUUUCGCCUUUUCUAUUUUUCUACUCUUUUGCCUUUCCCGCUAUACUUUUCCCUCUUUCUCCAUCUGAAAAUCUCAAAAUGUUCUUCUACUAGUAAGACCUGGCUACAGCUUUCCCACCAAUCUCAUUUCCAUCUUCCAAACCCUAGUUUUGGAUUGUUUUAAAUUGUGUUGCACUUGUACCAUCUGUUGUUAGAUCAUUGGUUCUGCAAGGGCACAUAAAAAUUGUCUCGCAAAUGUGUUUCCUCUGCUUCUUUCCUCUCAAUCUAACAGAAGGCAGGGGUUUUCAGAUGGAUAUGCCUAGAUUGCUGUGUGGAACUGGCAUUUAGUUGAUUCAUUUUCAGAUGCAACGUGUAGUUCUUUCUUAAUUUUUGGUGCUCUAGAAGGAAACGGAAAGAAAGUGAUUUGUUUGCUUUACGUGGUCUGUUUAAUGGGUGGAGUGUAAAGAGAAGCUUGCGUUCUUAUUUACAUCUAUAUGCAAGAAGUUGACAUUUCUGCAUAUUAUUGACAAUGGAGUGUAACAAAGAUGAGGCCAUAAGGGCCAAGGAGAUAGCUGAGAAGAAGAUGCGCAAUAAUGACUUUGUUGGUGCCCAGAGGAUUGCAUUAAAGGCACAACAACUUUUUCCUGAGCUUGAAAACAUUACACAGCUACUGGCUGUCUGUAACGUCCACUGUUCAGCUGAAACCAGGAUAUUGGGGUCAGACAAAGACUGGUACAGCAUCCUUCAAGUUGAAAGAUUGGCUGAUGAAGUGACCAUUAAGAAACAGUACCGGAAGCUCGCACUUGUACUCCAUCCUGAUAAAAACAAAUAUCCUGGUGCUGAAGCUGCUUUUAAACUGAUUGGUGAAGCCCAUGUAGUGCUUUCUGAUCGUGGAAAAAGGUCUAUAUUUGACCGCAAAUUCGCAAGCUCAAUUACAUCUGCUCAAGCAAAGCCACCUGCUCGCCAGGCUAAUGUGAAUCCUGCAGCAAAGAAGCAAUUUGGUGUACAAAAAAAUACUCCAAAUGGUUUUGGUGCUCAGGUUAGUGGUCUGAAUCACCAUCAAACAAAGCAAGCUAAUUCUACACCUGUGACAUUCUGGACGUGUUGUCCUUGUUGCGAUGUGAAAUACCUAUACCUUACAGAAUUUGUAAACAAAGCUUUGCGCUGCCCGAAAUGUUUAAAACCAUUUUUUGCUUAUGAUAUUGCUGCUUCUGAUGCGUUCCUGAGAUCUAAUCAGAGUCAGCCUGCUGCUCAAGGUGUAUUCACUGGAUUCAAUCAGAGUCAGGCUGCUGCUCAAGGUACAUUCCCAGGAUUGAAUCAAAGUCAUGCUGCUACUCAAGGUGUGUUUCCAGGAUCCAAUCAGAGUCACACUACUGCUCAAAGUGUUCCCCGACAAUACAACUGGAGUCAACCUGCAGUUUCUAAACCAAAAGACUUUCUGGCUCAUGAAACCGACAGAACUGGUGUAGACAGAACUGCAGGAUCAGCAACUUCCAGAUUAGGACCCCAGGGCAAUACUAAUGGUAGGACAGUUGGUUCUGUUUCUGGUACAGAAACUAUGAGUUCUAUGAAUGCUGGUUUGGGUAAUAGGACUGUAGAUAAUGCAAAUCCAUCGAGUGGUGUAAAUGAAAGUUCUGCAAUUCCAAAUGAAGAAGUCACGAAGUCAGGUGAAGCUGCAGAAGUUAGAAAUGAAAAUAGGAGAAGAGGGAGGAAGCAAGAGCUGGAAUCCAGUGAAAGUUGUGACACAUCAAGUAGCAGUGAUGUAGUAGACAUGACCUUUGAGGAAAUUGCUUCUAAUCCUGCCGGUGAGCAGAGUUCUGGAUUUAAUGCUUUUCAUGCUCCUAGGAGGUCCUCUCGUCAUAAGCAUCAGGUUUCCUACAAUGAAAGUGGCAGCGACAAUGAUGACUUUGAGAGCCCUCCAAAAAAGCCUAGGAAAGGUAAAUCUUCUUCUAAUGGUGAAGGGCUGCAACAAGGUACUGCAAAUGAUACUCCUAAUUUUGCUAAUCCUGCAGACCAGAAGGAUAAUGUUCAUGUUCAUGGAGGUUUACCUGCUGGAGAUGCAAAGGGUUGUCAAAAUCAGGCUGCAGGGCAGGCUGCUGGUGCCCCACAUGGAGGUGCUGAAAAGGUUGAAAUAAUUGAUGAUUCUGAAUCUGAUGAUGAUUCAUGUCCAGAGUUCUUUCAGUUGCCCGAUCCAGAGUUCAAUGACUUUGACAAGAGUAGAGAAGAAAGCUGUUUUGCAGCUAAUCAAUUCUGGGCUUGUUAUGAUGAUGUAGAUGGCAUGCCAAGAUUUUAUGCAAAGAUCAAGAAGGUACACUCUCCUGGAUUUAAAAUACACAUCAAUUGGCUAGAGCCUGAUCCAGAUGAUCCAGAGCAGAUUGAUUGGGCAGAGCAGUUCCCUGUUGGAUGUGGCAAGUUUAGACUUGGAAAUCCAGAGGUUAUUCUGAGUCGCCUUACAUUCUCCCAUCAAGUGCUUUGUGAUAAAUACAUGGGUAAAGGCCCCUUCAUGAUAUAUCCUAGAAAAGAUGAGACUUGGGCACUCUUUAAUGGCUGGGAUAUUAAGUGGAGUACCGACCCAGGCAAUCAUAAGAAAUACAAAUAUGAAAUAGUGCAGAUUAUUUCUGAUUUCAUGGAGGGUGCUGACAUCAAAGUUGCAUUUUUAGAGAAAGUAAGAGGUUUUGUAAGCCUGUUUCAGCAAAGAAGCCGAAAUCCAGCUCGAUCUCUGUUAAUACCGUCCAGUGACCUGUUCAGAUUCUCCCAUCGUCUUCCAUCUUUUAAAAUGAGUGGUACUGAAAAGGAAGGUGUUCCAGAAGGGUGUUUUGAACUUGAUCCUGCAUGUCUGCCAGCAAAUCCUGAUGAUAUAUGUUACCCUCUCGGGGUUGAGGUUGAUGAAAAAAUUUUCAGUGCUAAAGCCGACUGUUCAUGUUCGGAGGCAUCCCAAAAAAACGAGUCAAAAUUGUCUGAGAGUGAGAUCACACCCAAAAACCUUGCGGACAGGAAAGGUGGUUUUGUUGGAGAGACAUGUAUAGUUCGCCGGUCGCCUAGAGGUUUGAAGAUUGCAGAGAAAGAGAAAAUCCAUGCCAGUGCUAGUAAUGUGUCUGUCCAAACAGCAACUGCAAUACAUAAGAAUGGUAAAGGAGGCCAAAUUCAGAGUGAAUUUUCUCCGUUGAAGGCUGAUGUUUCAGUUUCUAAAUCUGACAAGGAAUUAGAAGUACAAAUGCAGGAAUUAAGUCCUUGCAAAAGCAAUAGCAUCCACCAAUCUUUGUCUCCGAGUGGCAAAGUUUCAGAAGAUUUUCAUGACUUCGAGGAGGACAGGUCUGAGGGUAAGUUCAAACUGGGUCAGAUAUGGGCACUCUACACACCAGAGUAUAAAUUGCCUAAAAUGUAUGGUCUGAUUAAGAAAAUCGAAGAUUCCCCUUUCACGCUGUACGUUGCACCACUUGAAUCUUCCUCGGUCCCAAAAAGUGCCACACAGCCUGCUUGUGGAACAUUUGUAGUGAGAAGUGGAAAAGUUCAACCCUUGGAAACUUGUUCCUUUUCACAUUUAUUGAAGGCAGAUUCCAUUGUCAAGAACAGGGUUGAAAUUUUCCCCAAGGUGGGAGAGGUUUGGGCUCUGUACGGAAAAUGGGAUGCUGAAUCUUCACUGUCUGAGCUGGAAAAUUGUGAAUGUCAUGUGGUGGAAAUCCUAGACUGCACUGAUGGUCGCACCAAGGUUUUACCUUUGGUACCUCUGAAGCCUUACAGCAAAUCACUUUUUAGAUCUCCUAGAAGGCAGAGGUCAGGUAUUGAAACAAUGCACAUUGAGAAGAACGAGUUAGCCAGAUUUUCUCAUCAGAUUCCUGCCUUUCAGCUCACCUCAGAGAAAGGAGGCUCUUUAGCUGGGUGUUGGCAGCUUGAUCGAGCAUCAGUUCCAAGGAAAUUAGUCCCUGGGGGGUGAAGUUGCAGCGUAGAAGGUUUCAUGAAUCAUAUUCGUGGUUUAAUGAUUUUGGUGGUAAUACAAUGAUGUAGGACGAACGUACUGGAAUGAAGCCAUUUUGUUGUUGGUCAGGUGAAAAUGGAUGGGCUCUGGUCUUGAAUCAUGAUAUUAAUGGUUUUAUCAUUUAGACAUAGCUGAAGGAGACUCGUAAUUUUCUACCUAAUCUGCUGGUUUUGUUCUCUCUCAUAGUUUGAUGAGCUUAAUUUCAAGAAUGUCUAUGAAGGCAGGUGUUGCUUUUCUUUUAUUUUUAGAUAUAAACUUGUUGGGUAAUGAGUCAAGUCUCUGAACUCUAUUCACUCACACUUCAAUUC